AUGUACUCUUUCCAAGGACCUACCAAGUCCACUCCAGAUCGGUCACAAACUCCAAAAAAACGUUCCACGGGCGAUUGGGUACACGACGAAAGCUUGAUAGCUGAGCAACUGGUGCGUAGCUUGGCCUUCCUCGGACCGCAAGGGAAUCAAGACCUGCGAAAUGCGUUCGUGAUCAUCAUUGGUCUUGGUGGCGUCGGUAGCUCCGCUGCUACUUCCCUUGUUUGUAGUGGAGUCGGCAGAAUCAGAGGCAUGCAACAGCUACACGGGAAGACGUGGGGAUUGCAAAAGUAG